GUUACCUGGGAAAUGGAUCGAUGCUGGAAUAUUUACCUGAAUGAAAGUGCUGUGAAUGUUUGUGCUGAAGGUGCAACGCAGUUGAUUGGUGAACGAAAUAACGUUGAACGUUAUGUGGGUAUGGCGUGUGUAUGCGAUGCUAAUUCAUUGGAAAGUGAUGGCUUCAAAUGUGGUAAGUGUGCGAUAGAUCAUCGUCGAUUCUAA